UAAUCCACCAUAGAGCGGUGUAAUAUCUAUUGAAAUUGGAUACAAAUGGCUUUACAAAUUCCUUCAUUCAAGUUGGUGCUUGUUGGCGAUGGAGGUGUGGGAAAGACAACAUUUGUAAAGAGACAUCUGACAGGAGAAUUUGAGAAGAAAUAUGUUGCUACUCUUGGAGUGGAGGUGCACCCUCUCCGCUUUUGUACUACCAGAGGUGAUAUCAAAUUCAAUGUGUGGGACACUGCAGGACAGGAAAAGUAUGGAGGACUCCGAGAUGGAUACUACAUUCAAGGUCAAUGUGCAAUCAUUAUGUUCGACGUGACCUCAAGAGUGACAUACAAGAAUGUACCCAACUGGCAUCGAGACUUGGUGCGAGUGUGUGAAAGUAUACCCAUUGUGCUAUGUGGCAACAAGGUGGACAUUAAGGAUAGAAAAGUGAAAGCAAAGUCGAUCGUAUUCCACAGGAAGAAAAAUCUCCAGUAUUACGACAUCAGUGCAAAAAGUAAUUACAACUUUGAGAAGCCUUUCCUAUGGCUGGGUAGAAAGUUGGUCGGAGAUCCCAACCUGGAGUUUGCUGCUAUGCCUGCCCUUGCUCCCCCAGAAAUCCACAUGGACCCUGGUCUGGCUAAACAAUGUGAACAAGAUCUAGAGGAAGCACAGCAGGUAGCUCUACCAGACGAAGAUGAUUCAGAGUUAUAGACGUGCUGUAGUUUUGAAAUUCGAAGAGGAUGAACCUCUGCUAUUCUCUCAACAAAUCAAGAUGGAUUGUGUGUUAGCAAGAAUGCAUUUGUUCACAGCAGAAAUACUUUAAAACAUGUGAAAAUACAUUUAACAAGGGAGACCUGUGACAUUUGAAUGGUGGAGAGAAUAUUUGGCAAAGGUUUAUACUUUUCGCUGGUGAAUGCUGCAAAGACUGGAACUCUUGCGUCUCAAGCCAUCAUAAAUGUUGUUAAAUGAGAACAAAGGCAACAUUUUGGCCUGUUAAAUUUGUCGUAAGAUUAGCACUAUUGAAUUUCGCGAUGAUGGCUGGCAACAGCUAAUGCCAUACUGAAUAUCGCAAAAAAAUCUCUUUAGUAUGGACAUCUAUUUAUUGUUAUACAUAUUCUGAUUCCCUGUGAUGUUUGCCUAGGAUAUCAGAACUGUUGUAACAGUCAAACACACCACAUGACAAGAUGAUUGAAUGAUACUCCAGUUAUUAACUUUAUCAUUUAUGGAAUUAUAUAGCAACAGAGCUGUAACAUACUAAAAUCCCCUGCUAUAAUUAAGAUGAGAGCGAAUAGACAUAUUUACACCGCUGUUCUUAUUCAGGAGAAGUUAGCUUGUUUUAAUUUUGUUUUUCCACAACAAUCUCAUGCAAUAUUAAAUAUUCUGCUGUGAUGUUGUUUAUGUGGAUGAUUAAAAGGCAAGUAAAAUGAUGUGGAGGAAAGUGAAAUUCGGGAGGGGGGGAGGUAAGAAGAAAAAAAAUCCAUUGAACAUUGCUGUAUACGUAUGGUAGAGGUAUUAUAGAAAGGGAUCAUAUUGUUAAUCACAUGGCCAAAAAUAAGCUGCUUGUUUUCAACUUAUUUUAUUCAAAAUUCUGUACAAGAAAAAAUAUCUAUGCUUUUUUUACUCUAGUGUCGGUGUAAAGUUCUAGCAGCUGCAAUGCUUUAAAUAAAUAAGCUGUAUUAUGUUUAAAUGUGGCCUUUGAUAUUAGCCAUGUUUACUGAAAAUGUUGAAGGGGAAUAUUGUUGAAAUUAGAAACACUUAAAACAAUGUUUUAUGAUUUAAUGUGUACCAACACCAGAUGCAUCAAAAUAGUUGUGGUCUGUUAUUAAUACUCUUUACAGUGAAACUUUCGUUUUUUGUUUGCGUGUCUAUGAAUUGUUUUCAAAAUAUUGGUUUGCCUGUUUUCUUAUUGAUGUCAUGUGGGUGUAAAUAUGAAAAACAAGUCCUAGACAUAGUAGAGGUAAAAGAAAAGUAAUGUUGGAAAUUUUAAUUGUUUUUAAAAAUUUCUUCAUUUAGUUACAGAUUAAUGGAGGAAAAAAACACCAAAUUUCGACUACAAAAUUUAAUGGAUGAAUGUUAGUAAUGGUCUUUAAGUUAUCAAGGUUAUGCGAUUUUUAUUUUUUUUUUUUUUUUCAUUUUUUUCUUCCUUGCAAUUAACAGCACAAAAAUUGUUUUAUAGACCAUCCUAUUACAAAUGAAUAUGAUCUGUGAUGCAUGUUAGUGUUGACAUCAACAUCAAUUGUCAAUAAAAAGAUUUACUAAAAUGUU